UGAUGUACCCUCCCUGAACGCAUAGUGCACUAAUAAUUUAGGAUUUCUUGAACAAUUUAGCUGCGUUCAGCAGAAAAAGCUGUUUUGCAAUGUUGUAAAAAUCGUGAAUCUGAUUGGGUGUAUGCUCUUAAUUUUGAUUGAAUCUAAAAGCACGCCAAUUAGAUUCACUUUACAACGGUUGUAAACCAGCUUUCUCUGCCGGGCGCAGCCAGUGAAUCGCAACGCAGCGAGUUAAGAAUUUGUUUUCGCAAGAGGUCACCACUCUUCCAUAUACGUUUAGUAUCGUGUGUUUUUAUUCGUAUAUUAAAUCUGUAUUAAUUGACGGAAGAAAAAAUUAGCGGUAAUAUUGCCGCGAUGUUUCGCAAAGUUAUUUUAGAAGCGCGUAAUCAUGUUAGCCGGUUAAAUAGUAAUAUACGAUGUUUUUCACAAGAAACAAACCAGACUAUGAGAAUAGAAAAGACCAUUAAUGAUGUAACUUUACUUGGAAGAGUUGGAGCAGAUCCACAGAAACGUGGAAGCACUGAACACCCAGUUGUCGUAUUUUCUCUUGCGACACAUACAAAUUACAAAUAUGAAACAGGAGAAUACAUGCAGAGGACAGAUUGGCAUAAAAUAUGUGUUUUUAAGCCAAAUUUAAGGGACACUGUUUAUGAUUAUUUAAAAAAAGGUCAGCGAGUGAUGGUAAAUGGCAGAUUGAGUUAUAGCGAAUAUAAAGAUGAAGGAGGAAACACUCAUCCUAGCACAGCCAUUAUAGCAGACGAUGUGAUAUUUUUCCAAUAAGAGACAUGUACAUAUAUUCUAAAUAAAAUUUAUACAUAAAGAUA